UUCCAGGGCGCAUCCGCGCCGCGUCUGGCUGUUUUGAAACCUGUUUCCAGCGAACUGGGAACGGGCUUGCAGCCACUCAGUCACCGGGAGGGGAACUUCUUUCCCCUCAGUUCACCUCGGCUCGCUACUGGGUAAAACCGUAUCGGAAGGAUGUAAACAGGCAGGGCAACCGUUACCAAGAAGGCAAUCACCCAAAGGCGGGGAGGAGCGUGGGGCUUCGUCCGGGCUUCUCCCAGUCGCAACAUUUAAUCAACAGUCAGGUGUUGGUUGCAACUUUUCAAGGUCAGCCACCGGGAGCGGAGAGUCUCUUUCCGAACCUUGGGGAGACGCAGCGCGCGCGUUGGGUUGGGCUGAGACAUGCACAGGACGCCAGUGGAUGGUAGAGCGCGAGGGUGGUGACCCCCGGACCCAUCCCCCAACCUCCCCGCAAUCUCCCGUCCCCCGCUGCCGGGGCGGGGGUAAGUGACAUGUGUCUAACUCUCAGCAGUAACUUAGGCAGCAGGUGUCGGUCCUAAACAGGAGCCGCGGCUGCCGGGUGCGCCCUCACGGAGCCAUGCGGGCCCUGGGCGCGCCUUUCACCCGCACCUCGCGGCUGCUGCCGCUGCCGCUGCCGCUGCUGCUCCUGCUGCUGCUCAGGGUUUCGGUCUCUGCUGCCCUCGGGUCCGCCCCUGCGCCCAGGAACAGAACUUGUCUGGGGGAAAGCUGUUCAUCUGCACCCAACCGGCUUCGCGGCAGGGACGCCUGGGGACCGGUUGGUUCUGCAGGAGAAGACCUUCUGCUAACGCGUGAGCCCGGGGAAGGGGAGCAGGAAGCAGCGGUGCGCGUGGCGUCCUCGUGGGACCUGCCGGCGGCCCCGGGUGGUGACCCAGGUGCUGGCAGACGGGCGGAGGCGUCGGCAGCGGAGCCCUCGGGGCCUCCAGCCAGGCCGCCUGGCGCCUGGAGGUGGAAAGUUGCUCGGGACCCGGAGCCCCCUGGAGUUUUGGGGAGGGGGAACCCCACGGCUCUCCAGCUCUUCCUUCAGACCUCAGAGCAAAAGGAGAAGGGUCCGAGAGGCGCUGGCAUUUCCGGGCGCAGCCAGGAGCCCAGGGUGAAGGCGGAACCCGGUGCCAGCGACCUUUAUUACUGGCCGAGGAGAACCGGGAAACACCAAGGUGCCCACCGCGACCCCCUACCCGAGGCGGUCAGUGGACCCUCGGGGCGCGAGGGGCGGAUGAUUGCACCGCCCGGAAGGGCGCUGGCCCACAAUGGGUCCUCGGGUGAAGAGGUCCACGAACGCGGGGACCCCCGCCGGGGAAACAGCACGAACCGGCGUUUGCGACUGAAGAACCCCUUCUACCCGCUGACCCAGGAGUCCUACGGAGCCUAUGCGGUCAUGUGUUUGUCGGUGGUGAUCUUCGGAACCGGCAUCAUCGGCAACCUGGCGGUGAUGUGCAUAGUGUGUCAUAACUACUACAUGCGGAGCAUCUCCAACUCCCUCUUGGCCAACCUGGCCUUCUGGGACUUUCUCAUCAUCUUCUUUUGCCUUCCACUCGUCAUCUUUCACGAGCUGACGAAGAAGUGGCUGCUGGAGGACUUCUCCUGCAAGAUUGUGCCCUACAUCGAGGUUGCUUCUCUUGGAGUCACGACCUUCACCUUAUGUGCUCUGUGCAUAGACCGCUUCCGGGCCGCCACCAAUGUACAAAUGUACUAUGAGAUGAUCGAAAACUGUUCUUCCACAGCUGCCAAACUUGCUGUCAUAUGGGUUGGCGCGCUGCUGUUGGCUCUUCCAGAAGUUGUUCUUCGCCAGCUGAGCAAGGAGGAUUUGGGCUUCGGCGGCCGAGCUCCUGCGGAGCGCUGCGUUAUAAAGAUCUCUCCGGAUUUGCCGGACACCAUCUAUGUUUUAGCCCUCACCUAUGACAGUGCGAGGCUCUGGUGGUAUUUUGGCUGUUACUUCUGUUUGCCCACACUUUUCACCAUCACCUGCUCCUUAGUGACCGCAAGGAAAAUCCGCAAAGCAGAGAAAGCUUGUAGCCGAGGGAAUAAGCGGCAGAUUCAGCUAGAAAGCCAGAUGAACUGCACAGUGGUGGCUUUGACCAUUUUAUAUGGCUUUUGCAUUAUUCCUGAAAAUAUCUGCAACAUUGUUACCGCCUACAUGGCUACAGGGGUUUCCCAGCAGACAGUGGACCUUCUCAAUAUCAUCAGCCAGUUCCUGUUGUUCUUUAAGUCCUGCGUCACGCCAGUCCUUCUGUUCUGCCUGUGCAAGCCCUUCAGUCGGGCCUUCAUGGACUGCUGCUGCUGUUGCUGCGACGAGUGCAUCCAGAAGUCCUCGACAGUGACCAGCGACGACAAUGACAAUGAAUACACCACGGAGCUGGAGCUCUCACCGUUUAGCACCAUACGCCGCGAAAUGUCCACUUUUGCUUCUGUUGGAACUCAUUGCUGAAGGACAUUUGGUUUGGUUAGAUUUUUUUGUUUGAUUUUCAGACCCUGUGAAAGUUUUUACUUCAUACUUUUCCUUACUGGGAAAUAAAUGCAGAAAAAAGAAAGAGAAAUAUUAACUACUAUAGGACUGAUUUUGCAAAUUAAUAUUUGUGCUUUGAAAGAAAUGUUUAUAUUUAGUUAUUUAAGAAGUAUGAGGAAGCCAAUAGUUUUAGAUCAUUUUAUCUAGUAUGGUGCUAAUAUUUUAUUUGAGAAAAGUUACUACACCUUAAUUGCUAACUUUCUUUUCAAAAGAUAAGGACUGUAUAUUGACUAUAGCCAUGUGAUUUUGUAGGUUAUUUUAUGUUUGAGUUGUGAUUGAAAGUAUAUUGUAUAUAGAAUCAUGAGAUGAUUUGUAGAUGAAAAAUUUCACAAAGUAGCACCAAAUAAAUUACACUUUAUUCUUUAAUGUCAUU